UCAGUGGGGAUUACACAGAAAUGCUGUGAUCACUUCGUGAUAUAAAGGUGGCCUAAAGUAGAUUUGCACCGCCGUAGGCUGUCCUAUUAAUCAUUUAUGUCACUCCUUGAUAUAUAUGCUUGAGACUACACCGAUGGUCAGACCUCAGGCUCAAGUGUGAAGUGACCGUAUCUCUUCACGUCUUGAGACAUACAGCCAUAGUCAUAUGGUCCUAAAGCCUGGCCGGAUUAAUUGGUACAAAUGUCACGAGACACAACCUGUAAAUCUUCCGACGACAACACAAAGGGGUUAGGAGUGGUUGUUCAUUCCCAGCGUACGAACAAGAGUGCACCAUCCCUGCAUGGAGCUGCAGCUACUGUUAAAAAAACAUCGAGAAGCAAUGCCAGACUACCAAAGAACAGAGGCAGUGGCAGCAGUGUUGGGGACACACCUAAGGCUCCGUCUAAGAAAGCACCACGCCCCUCCGAUAGCCUAAAUCCAAAAACCAUUGAUCCAUUUGCAGAUGCAUCAAAGCCAAAGAGUGCUUUCGCUGCAACAUACUCCAGUGGAGACAUCCCUUGCAGACUGGAGCAUGGAAAUGUGAAGCACAAGAUAUCGUGGAGCACCCAUCUCAACCAGAUACCUUUCAAUCCUGUGCUUGUAUAUCUAGCAGAGGGCCUUAGGGAAACUAAGCACCCGUACAACUUUGUCGCCAAGACAGGAUUUCGUGAACUGCUACGGGCUGAUGGGGCCAAAGAGAAGGCCACCCCACUUGUUCCAAAACUCAUCCAACCUAUAAAGCUUGCUCUGAUGCACAGUGAUGAUGGAGUGUUUGAGGGCACUCUAGAGGCUCUUAUGGAUCUGAGUAAAUGUGUAGGCCCAGCACUUACCCCUCACCUUAAGAAUCUAUUAAUGCCAUUAUCAAAAAGAAUGAUGACAAAUACCUUUCGUGAGAAGGUUUGGACAGCAUUACAGUGCAUAGAAACUGCAGGAGGGAAGGAGUGCUUGGCAAUCAUCAAGGCAAAGGUUCCAACAUACUCUUCAGUUAUGUAACAUUCCAUAUACAAGCAUUGAUGGGAAUUUAUGGGUUUCUCCCUUUGUGGGAUGUCAAGAGAAAGUUUCUGUGUAGUUAUAUAGUUGUUUUUUCAGCGAGCAGCUCAUCAUUAAAAUGCAUAAUAGAAUAUCGUAAAUAACUUUAUUGUCUUUUGCCAUGCAGUCAUGGCUCUAGUACAAAGUCACCCAAGUGGUAUUAGUUAGAUGUAGGCUAAUGUAGUGAAUACAAUAUGUGCAAUACAUUUGUAUAUAUAUCCUGACACGUAGUCUACACUGUUGUAGGCACAGUCAAUUAACAUGUCAUUUUUUCGACAGUAUAGUUUUUAAUGUAGAGAUCUUCUCUUACGAUCGUUUAUAUUCUCAUCAUUUAUGAAUCACUCGUUCAUUACUUAAAAACAUCAUUUAGGAAUUCCAGUUUUGACGACAUGAUAUCCGAUGAAUAGUUAGUUGUCCGAGUAUUUGACCUGAUCAGCAUUAUGAACCCCAGUGAUAUGCAUUUCAAAUGAUAAAUAACUGUAUUUUCCGUCCAAGCUAAUUAAGCAGUGAAGUCAUGUUAAAUACAUUGUACAACAUUUUUGUAUAUAUAUUUUAAGCACAUAUGCACAUUUUAUUCUAUGUACUUUAGGAAUAUAAUAUGUAACUUUUACUGAGCAUAAUUUAUUUUUUUGAACUGAUGUAAUGAAUGUUAUUAUUGAAUUAGUAAAAUAAACUUUCACAUUAGAUUAUAAUGAA